AUGGAGAGAAACCAGCAUCUUUCUGAGGCCAAGGCCCGCAUUCAAGAAUUGGAAGGAUUGAUUGACAGUCGGGAUCGGGAAUUCCGGCCCUCCGUGGCGCAGCCUCCGACAGCUGGUCCACAUCCAACAUGCCACUCGCCGUCCCCUUGCGUCUGUCUGUCUCUGCCGUCUAUUCCUGACACCUCGGAAUUCGACGUCGCAGUGGACCGUUUCCGGUGGCAUUUAGCAUGCUCGGGCCCUCUGUUCACUUCGUCGCCUCAGGCUGAAGUUUUCCUGGCUACAGUAUACCGCCAGACGGGGGUCCCUUUGGAUUUCGACGGUUUCAUCACUCGAGUGUCCCAAUUGUAUAAAUCGCAAUAUCCCGCCACAUACCCGAAAGCCGUCGCUCCGAAAUGGCCAGAAAACGAAUUGAUCCAGCGCUGCAUCCGAUAUUAUUCCGAGGAACACCUAUAUUCCAUAUUUCCUGUCAUCGAGCCAGCAACCCUUCCAGUCAUAUUCGAUGAAUAUGUCUCAGCUUCCACAGACGCGAGAACUCGCACUGUUAAUGCGGCUUGUCUAUUUUCUCUCACGGCGUUUAUAACCAAGAUGCACGGCAACCAGCCUAUGUUUAAACACGCCGAGCCAGACGCCUAUAUCCAGGCGUCGCUCAACUUACUCCCUCAAAUCAUAAUGCAGGCUGAUAACCUGAGAACGCUGGAGGCUCUUCUCUUACUGGCGCUGUACAUCGCACCGACUGGCCAACCUCGGAGUGCCCAGAUGUUACUUGCAGCGGCGGCAAGAAUCUUAUACAACUUCGAGGGCCAUAAAUGUAUCCCAUCAAAUCAUCAACAGAACCAUGAGCACCUACGGGCCCUAUUUUGGACGUUUUAUGGAAUGGACAAGGAAACAUCCAUUCGGACUUGUCAACCACCCAUCAUGAAUGACGCAGACUGUGACCUCCAGCUUCCAUCAAGAUAUGUGCCCUCGUCAUCCGACAUCCAGUUUCUUCCGGGGGAGUUGUCGCCCCGGAUACUUCUCUAUCCAUCUGAUCUUCGUCUGGCGAUGUUAAAGUCGAAGAUCUAUCAUCUGCUUUACUCGGAAUCUGCGCUGGCGCAGCCUGAGGCCCGACGACUUGAACACAUCCGUCAAUUAGACCAAGAGCUUAAUGAUUUGAAGACUAGUUUCCCUGCUCCUUUUCGACCAGACCCGGUGGCUGGCGAUCCUGCAGGUUGCAAAUUCCACAAUCUCAGUGUUCGCGGCAUGAUGAUACACUUUGAUUACUACCAUUGCUUUGGGAUGAUUCACGAAGCUGGUAUUACCUGUAGCAUGUCAAGAUCAUGUUACAGGAACCCUCUUGCUUCUAGUGUGGAAUUAUAUUAUCAUGCCUCCCGAUUCAUGCUCCUUCACUAUAUCCGCACAGAAGACCUGAUCCAACCACCGAACUUCUGGUUAGUCUACCGUGCUCCAUCAUCCAGACUGAAAGGCUAA